AUGAGUCAGAAGGAAGUGGAAGGAGUUGUGUCCCCUGCCGACCAACAGCAGCCUGCGGUUCCGGAGGUGACGGAUGUCACGCUGGAAGCUGCCCGCAAACAGAAGAUCCACAACCUGAAGUUGAAAACCUCCUGCCUGUCGAACGAGGAGUUCAUCCAGGAUCUGCAUGUGUCCGACUGGAGCGAGACACAGAAGCAGAAGCUGCAGGCUGCCCAUGAGAAGGCGAAUGAGCUGCUUGCUGCCGUGGAGGGUGGCACAAAGUGGAACCUCACAGAAGCAUAUGACAUCAAGAAGUUGAUGCGCGUGUGCGGCCUGCAGCUGUCUGUGCGAGAGCUGUACAAGCCUGAGGAUAAACCACAGUUCAUGGAGGUUGUGGCACUGAAGAAGACGUUGAACGAGCUGAAGCAGCACCACAACAAGACGCGCACUGUGUCGUUUACUGGAACAAUUGAUAACGCCAUUGCGAAGCUGGAUAAGAUCGAGGACGAGCUGCGCCGCUCACAGCUGGACGCGUCUGAAAUGGCACAGGUACCGGUUGCGGUGCUGAAGAACCUGGAGGGCUGCAUGAACGUGACCGUUGUGCAAACAGCACUGCUGGGCAACGAGGAGCAGAUCAAGGCACAGCUGGCGGCCAUUGAGAAGGCCAAGGAGAUCCGUAACGUGGCGAUAGCCGAUGGUGAGAUGGCGAUUGCGGAGGAGCAGUACUACAUCAAGGCACAGCUGCUGGAGCAUCUCGUGGAGCUGGUGGCCGACAAGUUCCGUAUCAUUGGCCAGACGGAGGAUGAGAACAAGCAGUUCAGCAACAUCCAGGACGUGCAGAGGAAGUCGUUCCAGGAGUCGUCCGCAAUCAAGGACGCCAAGCGGCGCCUGAAGCAGCGCUGCGAAGAGGACCUGAAGAACCUGCACGAUGCCAUCCAAAAGGCAGACCUGGAGGACGCCGAGGCGAUGAAACGGUUCGCGUCACAGAAGGAGAAGUCUGAGAAAUUCAUCCAGGAGAACCUCGACAAGCAAGACGAGGCGUGGCGCCGUAUCCAGGAGCUGGAGCGUGUGCUGCAGCGACUUGGAACUGAACGCUUCGAGGAGGUGAAGCGACGCAUUGAGGAGAACGACCGUGAGGAGAAGCGCAAGGUGGAAUACCAGCAGUUCCUUGAUGUAUGCGGGCAGCACAAGAAGCUGCUGGAACUGUCGGUGUACAACUGCGACCUCGCAAUGCGGUGUAUUGGGAUGAUGGAAGAGCUGGUGGCGGAGGGAUGCAGCGCCAUCAAGUCACGACACGACAAGACAAACGAGGAGCUGUCGGACCUGCGGUUACAGGUGCACCAGGAGUACUUCGAGGCAUUCCGCCGCCUGUACAAGACCCUGGGUCAGUUGGUGUACAAGAAGGAGAAGCGCUUAGAGGAAAUCGACCGCAACAUCCGCACGACCCAUAUCCAGUUGGAGUUUGCCAUUGAGACCUUCGACCCCAACGCAAAGAAAUACUCGGAUGCGAAGAAGGAGCUGUACAAGCUACGUGCUCAGGUGGAGGAGGAGCUGGAGAUGCUGAAGGACAAGAUGGCGCAGGCACUGGAGAUGUUCGGCCCCACGGAGGACGCGCUGAACCGCGCUGGUAUCGAGUUUGUGCACCCCGCCGAGGAGGUGGAGGAUGGCAACAUGAACCGCCGCAGCAAGAUGGUCGAGUACCGUGCGCACUUGGCUAAGCAGGAGGAGGUGAAGAUCGCUGCAGAGCGCGAGGAGCUGAAGCGUUCCAAGAUGCUGCAGAGCCAACAGUACCGUGGCAAGACAGUGCAACAGAUUACACAGUAG